AUGGGCAAACUCCUACAGUGCAUCAGCUGGUCCACCGUUUGGCACCCCAGCUGCAAGAACAGCACCAGAACAGAGGAGCGGCACAGGGAGCGGCCUACGAGGUCGUCGUCUGAGAGUAUUUGUUCCAGACCUGGUUCAAGCAUACCUGGCUCACCGGGUCACACCAUCUAUGCAAAAGUAGACAACGAGAUCCUGGAUUACAGAGACCUAGCCGCCAUUCCUAAAGUCAAAGCCAUUUAUGACAUUGAGCGCCCCGAUCUAAUCACCUACGAACCCAUGUACACAACCUCCGUGGAUGAGAGAGAAGAGCGACAUGAGAGCGUGGGGGAGCUCCACGGUGCCCGGAGGGAACGUUCCCCCCUGCCUGAUGACAAGUCUUUAAGGAACAUGAUGUCACCGACUCCAGAGAGCUCUUACGACUGUAGGGACCGUAUCCUCCAAAGGUCCACCAGUCAGGGAUCCAUAGGGUCACCAGUCUAUAAUCGUCAUGGUUACACCCCCACCUUAUCGCGGUCGCCUCAGCAUUUUCACAGACCUGGUUCAGAGGGGAGGAGGAGAUCUAGAGAAGAUGAGGAGGAAGAGGCUUUGAAAAGAAAGCAACUUCAGGAAGAACAUCUCAGUAAGAUUCAGUCUGGUUUAGGUAAACUCAUUCUGAAGGAGGAAAUGGAAAAGGAGCAGAUUAGGGAGCGACACGCUCGUAGCCUCUCCGCUCAACGCUACGAUCCCAAAACGAGCAACUGCGAUGCAGAUCGAACAUCUCCAACCAAGACCAACUCUUUGCCGGGGUACAGACGGAACGGGUUACAUCGGCCUCAGUCAACAGAUUUCACCCAGUACAACAGCUAUGGUGACAUGUGUGGGGGAGGCCGAGAGUUUCAGCACAUUAGGGAUGGCCGUGCAGCACUUGCAAGGAUGGACAGGGGAGUAUCUAUGCCUAAUAUGUUGGAACCAAAAGUGUAUCCCUAUGAAAUGCUCAUGAUAACCAGUAGAGGGAGAGCUAAACUGCCAAGGGAUGUGGACAGAACCAGGCUGGAGCGCCACUUAGCACCCGAAACGUUCUUUGACAUCUUUGGAAUGGAGAUCCAGGAGUUUGACAGGCUUCCCCUGUGGAAACGCAACGACAUGAAAAAGAAAGCCAAGCUCUUCUAACCUUUGCUUCUUUGUCCGUUUUCCGUUUUUCCGCAUGCAUUCUUCUGUACAUACGGUCAGAUAGCGCACAACAAUUGUAAUCUAGACGUAGGUUCUGUUUUUUUUUCUUCUGUUGUUAUUUUUGUUUGUUUUAACCAAGGGCGCCAUAAAAUCAACUGUCUGCCGAGAUAAUGGACUGACCCAGUAUAGACUGGCACAAGUAACAA